CCAUACCACAGCGAUCAAAAUCAAGAACCAACAACCGCGACCGAGAAAUGAUGACUGCGGAGGGAGCCCCAAAGAAAACCGAUGAUUUUUUUUUCAAACUUCUACUCGUCGGAGACGGUGGUGUAGGAAAGUCAUCUAUCUUAUUGAAGUUUGUAGGUGACGUCUUCGAUACCCGGUGCGUAGCAACGUUAGCCGUAGAGGUCAAAAUCAAGACAGUGGAGCUAAAUGGAAAGGAGGUAAAACUACAAAUAUGGGAUACAGCAGGAGGGGAGAAAUUCAGUGGAGUUUCUACUUCCUGUUUCAUACGUACAGCGGGGAUCAUAAUGGUGUACGACAUGACAAACAAGAAAUCAUUUGAGCACAUUACAAGCAAUUGGCUACAGAACGUUCAGGAUAAUACAAAUGAAGACGUUCAAAAGGUGUUGCUUGCAAACAAAUGCGACCUCUACGACCAACGGAUGGUAAGCAAAGAGAAGGGAGAAUCGUUCGCACAAGAAAAUGGCAUGAGGUUUUUUGAGUCAAGUGCAAAGACAAACAUCAAUGUAGAGACAGCUAUCCUGACAUUAGUAGAAGACAUUAUUGAAAAAAAUCCAACGGCCAGCCUAUUACCUAAAUAAGUUGACACCGGCAAAAAAAAGAAAGGAAUAAGGAAAAUAGUAGAUGUUGUUAACCUUUUCUCAUCGUCUUCAUAAUGGUUAAAUAAACAUCAGUGGACUUUAAACAUUAUUUUUCAGCCAGCAUUGACAUCAAAUUUGAUCAGUCACUGCAUCUUGCCAGUUUAUUUUAUGAAUACAAAUACUCUACACCAAGGCUGCAUUAUUAGCAAAGAAUAAAACACAUAGUAGAUAUUUUUGACUUGCAGUACAGUAUUAUCCAAUCAGAAAAAAAAAUACUCACAGAUGAAUUUGCAUAAUCUUCUUUUACUUGGAUUACAGGCAUGUGUGGAUAAUAAACAAUGAGAUGAGGUUAACUUUUUAUUAUAUAAUAAUUCUAGAUUUUUCUUUUGAGUUAACCAGAAAAUACAGUAAAAAAAUAUAAGGAAAAAAUACAAUAAAAAAUAUAAGAAAAAUUUAGAAAUAUAAAAAUACUUACUUUAAUGAUAUUCAAUAAUAUUCGAUAUGUGCAUGUACCAUAAAGAUUGGGAAUAUCAAUGAAGGGAAGAUAAAAUUGCAAGACUGCUCAUAAAGUGAUUUUAGUCUACAGUUUAUAAGAUCAUUGGUUUAUAAGAUCGUUAUUAUUAUUGUUAUUAAUAUUACUACUAUAUAAGACUGAUAUGGUAAACUAUCUAUACGGAUGUAUAUGUAUGUUUGCGUUUAUGUGUAUUGGUGUAGGUGUAUGUGCGUGUAUAUGUAUAUAUAUAUAUAUAGGUGUAUGUGUAUAUAUAAGCAUGUGUGUAUAUGUUUAUGUAUAGUAUAAGUUUAUUUUAUCAAGUGUUUUAUUAAGAAACAUAAUUUCAUGUCCUUAUUUUACCUUAUAAUGUAUUUUAUUAACAAGUCAUGAAAUGUUUUAUAUUUCUGAAUCUUAAUACUUUAUAUAGGUAUAUCCUACAUGUAUUCAAUGACAUUAUAAUAUAUAAUAGGAACCAUAAUCAAUUAUAUUAUGCAAAGUUAUAAUUGUUAAAUUAUAGAAAAAAAUAUCAAGCACUAAUAGGUAAAAAUUUAUCAAAAUAAUAAUUGUUUAUAGAAAUUUCAUGUGAUAGUGUACUUCGUGGUAGACACGUGAAGUUUUUAUUUUUUUUUUUUGCUUUACUUUCAUGUAAAUCCUGAACAUAAUGUUUAUUUGAACCUUAACAAGAGUUAGUGAAAAAAAUGAAAACAAUGAAAAAAGAGAGAAUAAAGGUGGGCUACACCCACGAAAGACAAAAAAAAAAAAUAACCCCCGGUAAAAGGUCUAAAGUGUAAAAAUGUGUUAUCAAAGCUGUGUUCCUUAACAAAAUACAUGCCAUGGUUCCAAGACAGAUAUCCUUUGGUCCACUGCUCCCACCACCACUGUAUAUAAUAUUUUAAAAUAUAUGCUAAUUUGUAUCUAUCAUGUUAUUAUAAAGUAGCUAUUUUUUAAUAUAGAAGAAUCAUAUUGAUAUAUUAAAAUUUAGACAAACGGAGAAAAAAGAUAUUAAAAAUAUUAAGAUGUGUAUUGGGGCUCCAUUUCAAAGGGACCAUAAAGGAUUGGGCCUCUCAACUAAUACAAGAACCACACUAGUGUACAUAGAGACGAUUAGUUGAAAGACGCCAAAAGCUAAGCAAAAAUUCCUGGAUUUAAAUUGCAAAUGCCCUGUAACUCCAUGACAACACUGUAAUACAAUAGUAAUACACUCAAGACAAUUAAAUAGCGGAUGACAUUUGAACUGAAAUUUAAAAUGGUGAACAAAAUGAUAAGGUAUAUUAUGGGUAAUAACAUUUUCAAGAUUGUUUUAAAAAUGUAGUCCUAGCCGAUGCAGGUUAAUUAUUCCAAAUAAAAAAUAUAUUUUGUUGGCCACGAACAACCGACCCAAAAUGUUCGUAAUUGAGAGUCUGUUAGACCUGUUUACUUGGUAUUUGAAAAUAAAUCUCUGUUUUCUAUAAA